ACCUGGAGCCGGCGGCCUUUGGUCGGUGUUCUUGGGGCUUGCUCCGAAGCUCCGCCAUCGCUCCGGUCUUUCUGGAAACCCAGCUUUGCUGUUGACCGUGCCGGACAGCGUCCGAGACGCGUGUGUGAGUUCCCCAUGGCGGAUACGGCCCCGAACGGCCCCCAAGGGGCGGGCGCAGUGCAAUUCAUGAUGACCAAUAAACUGGACACGGCCAUGUGGAUUUCUCGCUUGUUCACAGUUUACUGCUCUGCUUUGUUUGUCCUGCCUCUUCUUGGGUUGCAUGAAGCAGCAAGCUUUUACCAACGUGCUUUGCUGGCAAAUGCUCUUACCAGUGCUCUGAGGCUGCACCAAAGAUUACCACACUUCCAGUUAAGCAGAGCAUUCCUGGCCCAGGCUUUGUUAGAGGACAGCUGCCACUACCUGUUAUAUUCACUCAUCUUUGUCAAUUCCUACCCCGUUACAAUGAGUAUUUUCCCAGUCUUGUUAUUCUCUUUGCUUCAUGCUGCCACAUACACAAAAAAAGUCCUUGAUGCAAAGGGUUCAAAUAGUUUACCUCUGCUGAGAUCUAUCUUGGAUAAAUUAAGUUCCAAUCAACAGAAUAUUCUGAAAUUCAUUGCUUGUAAUGAAAUAUUCUUGAUGCCUGCUACAGUUUUUAUGCUUUUUAGUGGUCAAGGAAGUUUGCUGCAGCCUUUUAUAUACUAUAGAUUUCUUACUCUUCGAUAUUCCUCUCGAAGAAAUCCAUAUUGUCGGACCUUGUUUAAUGAACUGAGGAUUGUUGUUGAACAUAUAAUAAUGAAACCUGCUUGCCCACUGUUUGUAAGAAGACUUUGUCUCCAGAGCAUUGCCUUUAUAAGCAGACUGGCACCAACAGUUGCAUAGUUUAACAUCCAGCUAAGUUAUAUAUAUAAGCAUUAUUAGCAGCUGGUACUUCUGCUAGGGUUUGUUAAUUCCAGGUGUAAAACUGACCUCAGUCCAAUUUACAUAAUCUACAUAAAUGCAUCUCAGUGGAAAAAUAAUCAUCUUCCUGGCAUGUUAAAUCAAGCCUUUCAAAAAGUUUCCAAGAAAAUUUUACUGUGCUGUGUUGUUAAUGGUUAAGGAAAUUUGUAUCUAGUGAUAAAUGUAUCAAAUUGUUUUUAGAUGCUACUGUGCCUUUAUCAUGAAGUACAUUUAUUUCUCUUGCAAAAAUAGCUCUAAAAUUUGUUUCAACUUAAUUGGUAACUUGAGUUUAUAUCUGGCAUGAGUUCAUUAUGGUAAUAUUAACAUAUGUGAAUUCAGUAUAUUUUGAGGCAGUAUUCUUUUGCCAUUCAGUAAUUUUGGUUGAUAAUUUUAACAGAAGCACUUUCCUCUGUAUUUUAUUGUUAUUUGAUCUUUUGUUGCUUUGUUAGGACAGAUUUAUUUUGGAUGUACCAUUAUAGGAGGAAUUCUGCGUGUAUCUUAGGCUAUGACCUUCCAAAAUUUUAUUUCCAUAAUUAUUUCUGUGGCUUUGAAUAUUUUUUAAAAAGGCUCAACUUUAAACUUGUUAGCCACUUGGGUAAAUGUCUGGGGUCACCUAACCGUUUUACAUCAGAAAGCAAUAGUCAUACAGCUUUCUUUUCAGAGAGCCAGUGAGUAACAUUUCUCAAAUAGGAAAUCCGUGUUUUACAAAUGUGGACACAUGGGUUUUAUUAAUAUUAUUAUAGUUUAUAGAAUUACCUAGACCAGAUUAUUGACUGCCAAUUUUCUUGGUUUCUUAGGCUUGAAUUUUUAUAGACAGUUGCAGCAGUUCAGAUGCCUUUUGAAAGGAAUGUAACUGAAGAUUGAGCAUAUGACUAUACUUGGUAUCUGUUCUGAAAUAAUAAUGAAGAUUAUCCUGUAGAUUACAUACUUACCCAUUAAAUCUGAUUUAAAAGGUUAAAUGGAAAGGUUUAUAGGUAAGGUAGUUGGGAACAGGGCUGGAGGAGGAGUUGUGGGGGAAUAGUGUAUAUUUCCAUUUCGUAAAUAAAUUUGGGGGAAUUGGAUAUAUUAUGCAACUGUGAUUUGAGUUGUAUAAUAUGUUAAAUCCUGUUCAUUGAGCUUCCAUCAACUCCUUUAUAAAAUUCAUUCUGAUCUUUAUUACUGUUGCAUGAUUGGAAAUGUUUAAAACAUUGCCAAAAUUUUAGUACAAAAUAAUGUAAUAAUGGUUUUUGUAACCAAUUUUCUUCUGUCUGCAUGUAAUUUGGAUUUUCUCAAAUACAUUCAUUAGUAAUUUAUCAGUAACGUCAGUUUUCUUUUUGUUCAACUUUCCGAUCUAUAGAAAUGUGAUAACUACUUGAUAGUUCAACUGUAAUCAGCUAUUUUUGUAUUUUUGUAAUAUUUAUCUACUAAGUUAGAGAAGCAGCCUCAUAAUAUGCAGUUGAUUUUGUGUGUGUCUGUGUGUGUGUGUCUGUGGCUAGCCUCAUUAUCACUAUAUAGGUAAUCUGAUGGUUUUAAGAACUAAAUUUUCUAGAGCAAUAAAGUGACUAUAAUGUUAA